CUUGCCAGCGGAAGUCACAGAGGAAACGCUCCACACGUGUUUUAGCUGCAGAUUUUGAAGGUUACAGGAGAAGCGGCGGCUGGGAUUUGUGUCCGCAGCAGAGGGUCAGAGGAGCGGCGUGGGUUGCGGUUAGAAACCGGGGCUGAGCAGCACGGAGACGGGAGACAUGGACCCCAUGAAGGCGCAGCAGCUGGCGGCGGAGCUGGAGGUGGAGAUGAUGGCUGACAUGUACAACCGGAUGACAAACGCCUGCCACAGGAAGUGCGUCCCGCCACACUACAAGGAAGCAGAGCUGACGAAGGGCGAGUCGGUGUGCCUGGACCGCUGCGUGGCCAAAUACCUGGACCUUCACGAGAGACUGGGACGUAAACUCACAGAGCUCUCCGUGCAGGAUGAGGAGAUGAUGAGGAAAGCGGCGGUGGGGAGCGGAUAGAGACUUUGAAAAAAACAGGAUCUGUGUAGAGAAAUACAAGAGUUUGGGCUGGGAUGUGUGGGAUCUAACAGACUCAUGUCUUAAUAAGAGGGAGGGUAAAUCAGAAAUGUUAAGUUAAAGGUUUUGAGGGUCCAUAAAGAUGAGAUUCCUCCUCUUUUGCAUCAGAGGAUGACGCAAACGGCAGCAGUGAAGAAGUAAUGGAGGGAAGUGGUUCUCCACAAGCCUUUCUGGAUUUUGAUUCUUCUUCAGAUUUGCCUGAAGAUCUCACCUGCAGAGACCUGCAGGUAUCCUGGGAAGAAGGACACAUGCUUAGAUUUUACGCUCAGAUUUAUGGCUAAUUUCCAGCUGUCUCUGGUCCAGAACCAUUCAAGCUACUGAGCUGUUACUGAUUAUGAAAUGAACUCGGUCAGCUGUUCACAUUUUUUUUCUGUGUUUCAAAUAAAUAUGUAAACUCAUAAGGUUGCAUAAGGUCGCAGACAUAGCCGGUCCAAGAUAUAAGUAACUUUAGCUGCUGCCUAGAGCCUCCAGACCAGCAGGGGGCCCCAACAGGGCUUGUGUAUAUAAAUCUCAAAAUUUCAGAUUUGGAAAUAUUAUCAUUAAGAAUGAGCUUACUUUUGUAUUUGGUUCCCAAAUUUCUGAAUAUUAAAUUGAAAGAAAUAUUAAAUGAAAGGUAAGAUGUGAUUUAAAGAACUAACAAAUGAUGGUUGUUUAACAGUCAUGAUUUAAUGUCACUAACUUAAUUAUUUGUUUUGCUUACAUUUGAGCUGGAUGGUUUUUUUAAAUUUACAUUUACCUACAAAUAAUUUAAUUUUUUUUGUAAUUUCUUAAAAGCUCUCGGGCCCCUAUGUCCUGACUUUAAACUGUAUUAACCACACACCAGAUAUGACGAAAGAAUAAAUAAGUCUGUGAACUAAACCUGCCUACAAAAUGUUUUUACUGCUAUUUCUUUAGUAGUUAAUGGAAAAUGAUUAAUUCUAGGCUCAAGGAACUCAUUCUGUGAUAGGAUCAAUUUAUCUUAGCAGGAAAUCAUCACACUAUCAAACUGAGGCAGACUAAAAGAGAUAUGAGGAUUUUGUUUGGUGGGUGUGAUCUGCUCAGGGCCCCAAAUACUCUAAUGUCGGCUCUGCCUGCAGGAUCUGUAUAGUUAAAGCUAUACUGAGUGUACAACUAAUUUAGAAAACAGUGGCUGUGUUGUUAACCAAGACACUAUGCAACAUGUACUCGCCAUUUUAUUUUUAUGUCCAGCUUUUGCUGUAUGGUUCUUCCAGAUAAAAUGGACUUUGCUCUUUGUUGUGCUUGUGUUGACUUUGUUUGGCCCAAAUUGGACCACAGUGAUUUGCCAGUUAAAAUUUGUUAAUGUGCAAACCACACUGAUGGUCUGUUGUUAAUCACGCUCAAUAAAAACAGUGUACUGUGUUUAUCUUCUGA